AUGGGUGAGCACCCGUAUGCGCCCGAGAUUGGACGUGACCAAAAGCAUUCCUAUGCAAACCGGCCUUAUAUGACCGUAGCCCACUCUCAUCACAACGAUAAAACGAAGAAACACUUCCGGCGCUGCAAAGCGCUGCCAGGUACAACACCCAUCACAACUGUGGAACUACCUGGAAGUCGCAGCUCGGUGGGAAUCACCAGCUCACAAGUGCAAGAACCUGGACAUCCGCUGGCCGAAGCCUAA